AUGAUUCGUGUCUCCGCCGCUGGGGCCACGAGUGCGGAGCACUGUGGUGACCCUCCAGAGGCGGAAGAUGUGGCAGGCGGCGAAGAAGGCUUCUCGCAUUUUGACGCGGCGCACGAGCACUCGAACUCGCGGAGCGAUCCAGACGAUGGUCUAAAGGGAGACGACGACGUGGCGUACGAUGAAGAAGAACUAGGGUCGGGUCUCCCCCUGGAAGAGGACGGCGGUUUUCCAGCAGGAGACGAAGACCGACAUGGCGAGGAAGUGGCCGACUACUUUGGAGACGGAGAAGGCUCGUGGGGCGCCGGGGACGAUGUGGGUGUCGGCGGAGAAGGCGGAGACGAAGCGAGGCACGACGACUUUUCGAGUGUUGACGAACCCUGUUCUGCAGAGUGUGCAGACUCAGGCGAGGACUUCCAGCAGACAGCCGAAGACGACGAAACGGAAAAGGAAGGACAAAACGGCGGAGAUGGACUUGGGGAGGCCAGCGAAAGCGCUCAGGAGCGCGAGGAACAAAGUGAAGCGCCGGGAAACGAAGAAGGAGACAGGGACGACGACCGGGACGGCGGGGACGAGGGAGCAGCAGGGAAGAGGAAGAAACGCAAGAAAUCGAGCAAAAAGAAAUAUCCCUUUCCGUCAGGAGCGGCAACAGGCGGCCCAUCCAGGGGACCUGUUGUUAUCCAACCUCCUCCUCCGCCGCCGGCGGGCAACACUGGGACGCCUGCUCCCCCUCCGAUGCCUCGGGUGAUUCAUCCGAAGCGGCACCCGCCGCCGCCUCCGUCGCCCCAGGUCGGCAGUCCCCCGCCUCCGGCAGGCCCGCAGAUCUUGACGGCUCCGAGUUGUCGGCCGUCGCCCAUGGCCCCUCGGCCGCCUUCGGGGAGGGCGACCGCGCCGUUCUUUGGAGGGCCCUCUGGUACGCCUCCCACCCGCGCGUCCACGCCCGCCUCCAGCGUGGCCUCGCAUCCCGGGGCUCGAAGCAGUCCUGCGCCGGCCUUUUCUUCUCAGCAACAGCCGCCUCCUCCUCCCCCUGCUGCUGCUAGCGCACCCGCCGCCUUGGGUGCGUCUCCGUCGCCAUCGCAGGUGCGCCAGGCGAACGGGCCAAUGCCUGAACCCCCGCCGUUUCCCCGGCGACCGCAGUCGGUGCCCAGGCCGGGGGCGUCGGGCGUGGACGCGAGGGCGGGCGGUCCUGCUGCGCUGCGAGGCCUGGGGCCGCAAGGCGUUGGGCACGCCGUAGGAGGCGCUCCACCGCCUCCGCCUUCGGGGGCAGUCGGACCAGCUGCGCUUCCUACAAUCAUCAAUCCGCCGCAUUCUGUGUCUCCUCAAGCGCGGGUGGGGAAUCGCGUAGGCGGCCCGAUUGUGUUGAAUCCCCCGAUCUCGACAACGCAGCCGGACGGCGGCUCUCCGCUCCCCCCUUACGUGGGUGAGGCUCACGGGGGCGGCCUGUCGCCAGACGCACCCUCUGCGUCGAGUACCUUGACUGGAGGCCUAGGCCGAGGUCCACGUGGCGCGGCCGGAGCUCGAUCAGGCUUUUACCGCUGUCAACACGAGGAGCCGAUGGUGGCGGGUUACGCAGGGCCGAGUGCGGCGCCUCCAGCGGGCCAACCGUUGCCGGGGAGAUUCGGCGACAUUCGCAUGACAGGCUGGACGGCUGGGGAGCCCCCAGCUGCGGCCGCAUCAGCUUCGGAAGGCGGGUCGGGCGUCUCGCGGGGUCUCGAAGGCGCCAAGGGGAAGCCAACGGGGCCGUUUCUCGCGUCCCCCGCCCCUCCGUAUCCACCGGCGCAGCGUCGCGAGGAAGGGCACGUGGGCGAACGACCGCCUUCUUACGGCUACGGCCGCGCGCGUUUAGAUGACUCCGGUCAGAGCGCCCCCGGAGGCGGCCUGCAGAGGCCUGUCCGGCGCCCGGUCAUUCUGUCGGCAGGCGCAGGCGGCAGGGCCGGAGGUCCAGGCGUGCCGCAUGGUCGGGAUUGUCAGAUGCUGGCCGAGCAGCCAGGGUACCGAGGGGGCCAAGGUUGUGUACCUCAGGAAGCGGGCUCAGGAGUCUUCUACGAGUCGGCUCACGGGGCGUACGGAUUUCCAGGCAGCCGCGGAAAGAGGGAGAGAGACUUGGCUGCGCCUGCGGGUCCGCCCAGAUUCGAGACAGGCCCUGGCGGCAGACCUGGCGCGGAAGGAGUCAGUGGGGUGGAGACAGGCGCUGCGCCAGGCUUCCCGCGGCCACUGCCUGGACACGGUCGCGGUGCACCCGGAGACACGUCGGGCAGUGACUCUGUGUACGGCCCCAUGGGUCGAGCGAUGGGCUCAGCGUCCCGCCCCGACUUUGCGUCUCCGAUGACCGACAUCCGAGACAUCCGAAGACGUCCAGGAGGCCUGCCUCUGCCUGGGCACCCCGUACACAGUGGGGCUACAGGCUCGCACCCUGGAGCUUCCGCGGGACCGCCCUUCGGUGAGUCGGGGCGAGCAGGCGGUCCGUGGGGCGGCGGGAGUCCGCGAGCAGGCGGUCCAGGCGUCAGUUCGCUCGACGGAAGGCCGCAAGGCUUCCGACGGGGCGUCCCCGACGAUCGCGGAGGUGCGUAUGGAGGCGAGGGUCCGGCUAGCGGCGGCGUUGCUGCCGGUCCGUGGGGAGGCCCAGUGGGUGGAGAGUCAGAGCGAGGCCGCGACUUCGCGUCAGCAGAGGCCUCGGCAGGUUUCUGGAGCAGGCCUCAGCACCCGGGCAGUGCCCAGCAGAGUGGGAGCGGACCUUUCUGUGGCGGACCUGAGAGUCCCGGACGCCCGCUCCAGGGUGGAGGCUGGCGCAACGAGGCCGCGAUGGGGCCUCGCCCCGCCGACUCGAUGCCGCCUCGGGGGGCGAAUCAGCCAGGUACCGGGGGAAGUGGAGGCGCGUCUUGGUACCCGGCGAAUCGCGAGUUCUCGGAGCAGUCGCAUCCAUCUCGCGGGGCCGGGGUGCACGCCCAGAGACACUUGCAUCUCUCUGGGCCGUCGAACCUCGCCGCUUCGCAGGGCGAGCGAGGUCAGCCAGGCGUGACGGCGGACGGGGGCCGAGGGCCGCCUGGCCAGGCGCAGUUCGGGCCUUCGUACGUCUCGCCUCACACGCAUGCAAGCUCACCACCUUCGGCGUGGCAGCAGGCGUCUCGGCCCCCGCAAAGCGAGGAAGCACACUUCCGGCACAGCGGCAGGCCAGCAAGAGGACAGCCUGGACAGGGCUACGCGCAGGGGGAUUCCGUGUGGGGCGGCGGAAAGGAAGAAGUCUCCGAGUAUGCCCCUUCGUGGGAGCCUUGGCAGGCGUCUCCGGCGGGUUCGAGUGGCGCUACACCUGGAGCGGACCAAGCGUGGUACGAGAGUGCGGAUCUCCCUGCUUCUGCUCCGCAGGCGACAGGUCACCUGGGUCGGAGCCGAGACGUGGAGGGCGAAGCGAGCUCUCCGCCGGACCCUUCCCGUCGCCGCGAAGACGGAGACAGGGGCCAAAGGGAGUGGCAGCAGGCGGGACCGGGCUACUCUGCGGGCCGAGCCGGCGACGCUGGUCAGCGGCAGAGCCUUCGGCAGCAGAGCGUCAAGGGAAGUGAGCGAGAGACUGGCGGCUGGGUGCCAGGCGGCUCAGGUUACACCGAAAGAGACUCGAGCGGCAGGCGAGGGGACGGCGUGAAUGGAGGGAGGGGCAGGGGACACGGGGCAGCAAGAGGAACGCAAAACCACGGGCGAGACGGAGAGUAUGGACGGCCGGGAGGCAGAGGAGCUGCCGAAGGCUACGGGGGCGAGGCCGGUCUCCCAGCGACUCCACUUCGGGCGCAUGCGACGCCUGGGGCAGAACCCGAGCAGAAAGGCUUCACUGUCAUUGUCACAAAUGUUCCCGUCGACUUGUCGGCUGCAGAUCUUCACCAGGCGUUCAGCGCCGUUGGGCCUUUGCUGCGGACGGAUAUUAUGCUGAGUUCUUCGGUGCGUGGUUUUCUCACCUUGUCCUCGUCGAUCGAUGUGCAGAGUGGAAGCGUGAAAAGGCCUAGUGUAGCUGCUGUGAACGUGUGUGUCCCAGACCCGCAAUGUGGAGGGCGAGAGAAGAGCGACACGCGUCUUGGCGUCUGUGGAGGUUGCUGUCUCGUCGUCCGGAAUCUGCGUAGAACCGGAUACCGCAGAGAGGUCUUUUAG